AGCAGCAGCAGCAGCAACAGUAGUAGAGAGAGGACAGGCAGAGACAGAGGCAGAUGAGACGGAGAGGACAGGCCUAGCAGAGGUCAGACCAUCAGCAAGGGAACCAAAGGUGCUUUAUACCUCUUAGAAGCGCUCCAAACCUCGUCUGCCUGCUUGCGAGGCCCCGUCCCAUCCCCUCCGCCUGCCACCUAAGGCGGUCCAGCCAGCCACCAGCCAUGGCCUACUCGGCCCCGGCGUCCUACGUGGACAAGUCCUACAUGGACCGCACGUACAGUGGCGGCAAGUCCUACGGCGACGGCUAUGUGUAUGACGAGAAGGCGGCCAAGUCAGCCCAGGAGACGCUGUACGAGGAGCAGCUGAAGGUGGAGAAGCGACGGCGGCAGGACGCGCUGUGCUGCGACAUUGUGGCACUCGUCAUCGGCUUCCUGGGCCUGAUCGGCGUGGCGGCCGUCACCGGGCUGCCCAUGUGGAAGGUCACCGCCUUCAUUGAGGAGAACAUUAUCGUCAUGGAGACGCGAUGGGAGGGCCUGUGGAUGAACUGCUACCGGCAGGCUAACAUCCGUAUGCAGUGCAAGGUGUACGACUCUCUGCUGUUCCUGCCGCCCGACCUGCAGGCUGCCCGUGGCCUGAUGUGCGCCUCGGUGGCACUGAGCACCUUCGCCUUCGUGGUGUCCGCCGUGGGGCUUCGCUGCACGAAGCUGGUGGACUCGCGGCCGCGCACCAAGCACAUCGUGCUGGUGACCGGUGGCAGCCUGUACAUGGCGGGCUGCGUCACCUGCAUCAUCCCCGUCUCCUGGACCGGCCACGUCAUCAUCCAGGACUUCUACAACCCGCUGCUGAUCGCGGCGCAGCGCCGGGAGCUGGGCGAGGCGCUCUACAUCGGCUGGUGCACCUCGGCCCUGCUCUUCUCAGCCGGCUGCAUCCUGCUGUGCCGACACGCCCCGCGCACCAACGAGGAAGAGGACCCCAACCAGGUGAUCUACCGUGCGGCCUCCGGGGCCUACAACUACCAGCCGUACAGCUACCAGCCCACGUACUCGCAGUACCCGCCCGGUUACUACCAGCCUGCCUACUCCGCCGCUCCUCCUGGCUCGGUGGUGUACACCCCUGUCCAGUACACCUGAGCGGACAACUGCACUGUACACCUGAGCAGACAACUGCACUGUACAGUGGGACAGGAGUGUGAACAACUGUUACUGUGACAGACUGUUUUGACAAGAUGUGUGAUAUACUGUAACAUAAAGAAAUGCUGGCUCUUAAUGCUUUGUUCGCAGUAAAGCCAGUGGCAUUCUGACAGGAUGAGAAGAAGUCUGUUCAAGAAUGCUGUCUUUAGUGUGUGAGAAUAAUGCGUAUGUGUAUGUGCUGUACCAAUCACAGAAAGACCGAGACAACCCAAGACAAUCAACAUGUGCAAUUUCUGAUCCUUAAUCUCCAUCUUUUAGCUUGUCGCUUUUAUUGCUCCGUUUGUACAUUGUGCAAACUGUGUCUCGUCAGGGAGUGUUGCAAAGGAUGUUUGACAGGUAAUUCAACGUAGACACCUGCCUUGUGCUAGGUUGUGUGUGGCGAAUUUCUGUUGACAAAGUGAAGCCACAACCCUUGUUUACUUUGAUUACCCCUCCUUGACCAAAAGGACUCAAUGCACUGUGUGAAAAUUGUGAUCUAAUUUCACCAUUAAUGUAUAUAGCUUUUUUGUUUUCUUUUUUGUAAAUUUUGAUGCGACAUGAAAAGUGAAGUAAAACAAAAAACAAAACAACAAAAACAUGAACACUAAAAACGUCUCUGUUUGAUGACUAACCGGUGCAUACCUCCGGGUUUUGUGAUGCCUGCUGUUAGUUCUGCUUCCUCAUGCGAGCCCUAGCAGAGCCUGUUGGACCAGUUUUAGGCCCCUUUGUUGUCAUACCUUCCCAGUCAAAAGAAGGCCAUCGCCAUCGGUGUAAUAGUGUCACUGGAAAGGUACGAGAAAGGCAGCUAAACUGGUAACCACACCCGGUUCAGGAAGUUUACAGACAGCAAGCACAAGAUGAUGAAAUGCCUUCUCCCAAAAGUACAUUUCUUCUGGCUCCAAAAAAUACAUCUGUCAAGCUACAUGUUGAGAUUCAUAAAUGUAGUUAGGCUACUUUUCAACCUAAUAGUACUUUUGUAAGUCCAAUCCAAAGACUUAAUGUCAUAUUUUGAAUCACAACUAAAUAAAUGUAAAUGCUUCUUGUAUUGUGAAUAGGUAAUAUCCAGUGUUUGCUAUUGGUAAUAUUUUAUGACAACACCAAGUUCUUAUGGCUUAAAAAGUACUAAUUCUUGGGCUAAUAGAGAAAAUGAUGUAGGCCUAAUGACAUAUAAAAUAUCUAACUUGGCCAAAUAAGAUAAAAAUAUCAAUUGACAACCAUGCUCAGAUGUGGCUGUCAUUGCCGUUUGACAAAUGACUGUAGCCCUAUUGAGUUAAUGUGCUUAUGUUUUGAAAAUAUACAGGUGGAUGCAACUGAGCUUCUUGCAACUGAAUAAAGACAAGACUGAAAUAAUUGCUUUUGGCUUUGAGGAUGGAAGAAAGAAAUUCCAAGGAAAAUCCAACUGCAACUCC